AUGUCUUCCGCGAAACCCAAACUCAAUGUUGUACGUGCCCCGGUUCUUCCAGAGCAAACGACACCGGAACAACGAUAUUGGAGAUCCUAUGGCGCUACCCAACUAGUUAAAGAACACAACAGUGUGACAAGCAUCGAGUUCAAUCCAGCACAGCCGCACGAUUUUGCCAUAGCUUCGUCGACGCGCGUACAGCUUUUUUCUUCGCGAACUAGACAAGUCAUCAAGACUUUUUCCAGAUUCAAAGAUGUAGUCUAUUCUGCAUCGUUUCGUGAAGAUGGUAAGUUACUGGCCAUGGGUGACGCUACGGGGAUGGUGACAGUCUACGAUUCUUACAAUCCACGUACAUUGCUUCUUUCCGUGGCAGCAUCAUCGCAUCCAACACACGUGGCCAAAUUCCACCCUGGAGACGUCAGAACUUUGGUAUCCGCCAGUGACGACAGAAUCGUUCGCGUUUGGGAUAUCACACAGAGCUAUGAACCACAGGUAGAGCUCACUGGGGCCACCGAUUAUGUGAGAAGUGUCUGUUUUAUCCCUCAAGCGCCUCAUCUUGUCGUCACGGGUUCUUACGACGGACUCGUGCGGUUGCACGAUACCAGAACCAAAAACACGGCUACCGUAUUAACGCAUGGUUUACCCGUUGAAGAUAUCAAGGCUGUGUCUCCGACGCAGCUGGUUUCAUGCGGUGGAUCCCAGUUUAAAGUAUGGGAUUUGACCUCACAGAGAACUUUAGUCGAGCGUGGUAAUUUUGCCAAGACUGUGACCUCCCUCGAUCACGUUGAUAUGGGGGAUAGUGCUCCAAUGCGGUCAGCGUUGCUCACUUCGUCGCUUGAUGGUCAUGUCAAAGUUUUCGAUUGUUUGGAUGGCUACAAGGUCAAAUUUGGUUGGAAAUUUUCAGCACCUGUGCUAAGUUGCGCAUUAUCACCUGGCGAUGCACAAGGUAAUAAGCAUAUGGUGGCAGGGUUGUCAUCAGGACUACUUGCCAUCCGUACCAAAAAGAAGAACACGCAAUCGCCUAAAAUUGACGUGCAACAACAUAAAACUAAGGGUUCUAACUUCCAGCGUAUGAUGCGUGGGUCAGAAUACGCGGGUGAUCAGGAACAUAUUAUUCAUAAUGACAAAGCACGCCCUCAGCGAAAGUUGCGUGCAUUUGAGCGUCAUAUCAAUCAAUUUAGGUGGGCCGAGGCACUUGAUAGUGCCUUUGUACCGGGAACUGCCAAAGAAUUAACUCUAACUGCGCUUCAUGAGUUGCGCAAACGUGGCAAAAUUAGAGUAGCGUUGUAUGGUCGAGACGAAGCGUCGUUGGAACCUCUAUUGAAUUGGUGUCACAAAGGAAUAGAAGAUGUAAGAAGUGCUAACGUUGUCGCAGAUUGGAUAGCCGUUGUCCUGGAACUUUACAGUGAUUUAAUAGCGAAAUCGCCAGUGUUGGAAGAAAUGGUAGUGGCACUUAGAGAUAAAGUUAAACAAGAAGUACACCGUGGUGAAGAAGCACAAAGAAUUGAAGGUAUGCUGCAUUUACUUGUAAAUUAG